GCCGCGGCUCGGCGCGGCUCAGUGUGGGGGUGAGCGGCGGCGGCGCGGCCCGGCCGGGGAAGCGAGCGCUGCCCGGCGGCCUCAGCAUGGAGGACGGCUUCUCGAGCUACAGCAGCCUGUACGACACGUCCUCGCUGCUCCAGUUCUGCAACGAUGACAGCGCUUCUGCUGCCAGUAGCAUGGAGGUCACAGACCGCAUUGCCUCCCUGGAGCAGCGAGUCCAGAUGCAGGAAGACGACAUCCAGCUGCUCAAGUCGGCCCUGGCCGACGUGGUCCGGCGGCUGAACAUCACCGAGGAGCAGCAGGCCGUGCUCAACAGGAAAGGACCUACCAAAGCAAGACCGCUGGUGCAGACCUUGCCUUUAAGAACCACUGUCAACAACGGCACUGUGUUACCAAAGAAGCCCAGUGGCUCCCUACCGUCCCCCUCGGGGGCCAGGAAAGAAGCCGCUGUACCUGCUGCAAACAAAAGCACCAUCAAGAGGACCAGCUCUUCCGAACGGGUCUCUCCUGGCGGCCGAAGGGAAAGCUACGGGGAUUCCAAAGGAAACCGGAACCGCACAGGAUCCACCAGCAGUUCUUCCAGCGGCAAAAAGAACAGUGAAAGCAAACCCAAGGAGCCAGUCUUCAGCGCAGCACUUCUGUCUCUGUCUCCGAAAUCCCAAGGGAAGCGCCGGGUGACACACUGCAAAGAAGAAGGAUACGUAAAAAUGUUCCUUCGUGGACGCCCGGUUACCAUGUACAUGCCCAAAGAGCAAGUGGACUCUUACAACUUGGAAGCAAAAGUAGAACUGCCAACCAGGAGACUUAAGCUGGAAUGGGUCUACGGGUACAGGGGCCGAGACUGCCGUAGUAACCUGUACUUGCUCCCGACGGGCGAGACGGUCUAUUUCAUCGCGUCGGUGGUCGUGCUGUACAACGUGGAGGAGCAGCUGCAGAGGCACUACGCCGGCCAUAAUGACGACGUGAAGUGCCUUGCAGUUCAUCCUGAUAGGAUCACAAUAGCCACAGGACAAGUCGCAGGCACAUCUAAGGAUGGAAAACAAUUGCCCCCACAUGUGCGCAUCUGGGAUUCUGUGACGUUGAAUACACUGCAUGUCAUCGGAAUAGGGUUUUUUGACCGAGCCGUCACCUGCAUUGCUUUCUCAAAAUCUAAUGGAGGCAGCAACCUCUGUGCCGUGGAUGACUCCAACGACCACGUGCUGUCCGUGUGGGACUGGCAGAAGGAGGAGAGGCUGGCGGACGUCAAGUGUUCCAAUGAAGCUGUAUUUGCUGCGGAUUUCCACCCCACGGACACCAAUAUAAUCGUUACCUGUGGGAAAUCGCACCUCUAUUUUUGGACGCUAGAAGGAAGCUCCCUUAUUAAGAAACAGGGAUUAUUCGAGAAGCAAGAAAAGCCAAAGUUUGUCCUCUGUGUGACCUUUUCUGAAAAUGGUGACACCAUCACUGGAGAUUCAGGUGGCAACAUCCUCGUAUGGGGAAAAGGUACGAAUCGAAUAAGCUAUGCAGUUCAAGGGGCCCACGAGGGUGGUAUUUUUGCACUUUGUAUGUUAAGGGACGGCACGCUGGUGUCGGGAGGAGGGAAGGACCGAAAGCUCAUUUCUUGGAACGGAAACUAUCAGAAACUCCAUAAAACUGAGAUUCCAGAACAGUUUGGUCCCAUACGGACUGUGGCCGAGGGCAAAGGCGAUGUGAUCUUGAUAGGCACCACCAGAAACUUUGUUCUGCAGGGCACACUGUCAGGGGACUUCACCCCCAUCACUCAGGGGCACACGGACGAGCUCUGGGGACUGGCCAUCCAUGCCUCAAAACCUCAGUUCCUGACCUGCGGGCAUGACAGGCAUGCCACCCUCUGGGACGCUGUUGGUCACCGGCCCGUCUGGGACAAAAUAAUAGAGGAUCCAGCUCAGUCUUCUGGUUUUCAUCCUUCAGGGUCUGUGGUUGCAGUUGGAACACUGACUGGGAGGUGGUUUGUGUUUGACACAGAAACAAAAGACUUGGUCACCGUUCACACGGAUGGGAACGAACAGCUCUCUGUGAUGCGUUACUCGCCAGAUGGAAAUUUCUUAGCAAUAGGCUCCCAUGACAACUGUAUCUACAUUUACGGAGUCAGCGACAACGGGAGGAAGUACACGCGGGUGGGCAAGUGCUCGGGUCAUUCCAGCUUCAUCACUCACCUGGACUGGUCUGUAAACUCCCAGUUCCUCGUGUCAAACUCCGGAGACUAUGAAAUCCUGUACUGGAUUCCCUCUGCUUGUAAGCAAGUCGUAAGUGUGGAAACUACGAGAGAUAUCGAAUGGGCCACGUACACCUGUACUUUGGGAUUCCAUGUCUUUGGAGUGUGGCCAGAAGGCUCGGACGGAACUGACAUCAAUGCCGCCUGUCGGGCCCACGAGAAAAAACUGCUGUCAACUGGCGACGACUUUGGCAAAGUGCACCUCUUCUCCUACCCUUGCUCCCAGUUCAGGGCUCCCAGCCACGUGUACAGUGGCCACAGCAGUCACGUCACCAACGUCGACUUCCUCUGUGAUGACAGCCACCUCAUCUCCACCGGCGGCAAAGACACGAGCAUUAUGCAGUGGCGGGUCAUUUAGUCCCGGCGAGAACCAGGGGAGCAGAGCGGCCGGAGCCACAGACUCACGUCACACUCGGUCACCGUGAUUUCUGCUUCGUUUGACAAGUUCUCACAAACCUCAGGAAAACCACGCCCUGUACCGGUUACCUUAGCUUAGUGGAUCGGUGAGCGUCACAGCAGAUCAGCCGUUCAGGUCUCCCCUUUGUUGUUCAAUGUAUAAAACACACUUAAUGUAAGAAAGGAUGCCAAGGUUUACAUCAGGGUGACAUCGAGACGGGGCGGGUGUAUCCUUCGUAACUCUUCUAUGAACUCUUAAAGAAACAGCCACAGAACGCCUUUGCAAAGAUUGUACAUGGGCUUUACUAGCUCACCGUCGAGCUUCCUGAGUCAGGUAUUUAUGAUAACGAGGUACUGAAUCCUGAUCGCUGUUGCUUCAUUGGUUUUAAAAGGAGAAAUCAGUGGAGAAGAGAAUGGAUAACUGAUCUGCACGACUGAAUCAGGAAGUGCAAAGAAUAUUUGGUUACAUGUUCUAAGGUUUCAUUCAGUUCUCCCUCUGGGAGGCUGAUGAGAAAGGGGUCAGUUUCUCCUCGUGUUAAGCCGAUUCUACUCCAGAUCAAGUUCACGAGUGCCGCAGGGUAUGCGGGCAUUUCAGAGCUCCAGCCGGACUGCCCGCCUAAACCCAGUGCCGCAGCCACUUAACGCCUACAGGAAUCGAGUCCCCUCUGUGCCCCGUUCCCGGGCCCUGAUGCGUGGUGGAGACGCUGAGCCACCGUCCUCUGUACAUUAAUUGGCAUGACAUGGUAUCGUACUUGUAUAGGGUUUUAGCAAUUCAUAAUAAGCACGUAAGGCUAGGCUUUACUAUUUAGCUUAUGGACAUUGUAUAUUUGUAUUUUAAGACCAAGUAGACCAAGUCAAACAGAUCUCUCUUAAGUGUACCAUCCACCUGCAGCGGGGAGAAGUCCGGAAGGCUCCACCAGGUACUAAGGGCGGCUUCUUUUCCUGUCUUUUGUGCACGGACGGCUUGUUACACUAUGAAAUAAGAUUGCGUUCUGAUGAGUAAAACGUAGGUGGCCUGCAUCGUCAAGAAGGCCUUACCCAUUUCGACUGUGUGACAGAUUGAAAUUUAUUGUUCACAUUGGGGAAUGUAUCUCAGAUUUUAAAACAGAAGAGUAACAAACAGGCUUAAAGGCGAAUAUUAAGAUUUUUUUUUACUUGUUCCAGGCAAGUAAGUGAAUUGAACUGUCUGAACUCUACAGCACUGGUUGUUUAGAGUGGCUAACGAGGCCGAACAUCGGGAAGCAUUUUUUAUUACAUCUCCAGCCUGCUGCAGAAGUGCCGGGCACCAGUAAACAACAUGUACUAAAGAUGAUUGUUUGUAUGUAUCCUUAUCAAAUAUAUUCUAUAAUGAAAUAAGAUCUGGAAAGUGGAUUUCUUAUUGACCUAUAAUCAUGAAAGUAUAUAAAUUAAAGUAUUUAAAAUUA